UGGAAAGGAUUUGGUCAAGUAUGGCCAAAAUAAAGGGCCGAACACUAGCAGCAGCAACACCGGCAGCAGUAAUAAUGAUAUUAUAAUAAAUCUUCCUAAUAAAAACGACACACAAAUAAGAUGUGCGAACCAUGUUGUCGAAUGUGCCAGAAGGCUUAUUCAGAUAAUGCGAGAUACAACUAUUAAUCCACUGUUUGAACACCCUCCCGACCCAACCGAUGGUAAUUAUAGAGGGCGAUUUAAAGACCUAGCUAAGGAUAUUCAACACCCUCCACCUGAUACCCGAACACAGAUCAUCAAUACAUGGAUAUUCGAAGCUGGAUAUUGUGUCACCAAGGAUGAGAAUAAAGAAUCUUGGGAUAACUUCAGCGAUUUUAAAAGGGGAUGUAUGGCUUAUUAUCAGCUUAUUAGACUCAUAAUAAGCUGUAUUAUCGACGAAUCAAGUUGGAGGAUGCAGAUUAAAGAAGAGCUUUUUAAUAUGAAUGUAUUUCUCUCGUACUUCCGAGAUAUGGGUAUUAAAAAAAACUGGCCUUAUUUACAGGUUUCUAUACAACGUCUUUGUGAUUUGUCAUAA